CUGCGUUUUCAGCUUUGAUUUAAUUUGUUAUUUGUUAAUUUGUAAUUAUUAUUUAAUCCAUUACAUAAAAUGCCGUUAAUUUGUGGUGUUUAUGGUUGUGGAAACAAACACUCGGACAAAUCGUUGUCAUUUUAUCGGUUUCCAAAGGUUAAAGUGCAUGCUGCGGCAGAUUUAAAAACACAAAUGUUAAAACAGCGAACAGAGUGGCUUAACGUAUUACACAGAACUGAUGUUCGUGAUAGUAGGCUUAAGAAUAUGAGAGUUUGUUCAGUUCGUUUUAAAACUGGUAAACCAGCCAAAUACUACGAUGAUAAAAAUUUUGGUACCGACCUUAAGCAUAGGCUAUAACUCGGGAAGAGCUACUACUCCUGCAAUUAAAAGGUACAAUUGUGCAAGUAGAAAAAUGGAAUUAAAACCUACGGGUUUAUUUCCAAAUACUGUAAAAUUAAACAUUGUUGAUUCUUCUGAACCCGGUUCGAGCAUUGAUUUAAAAAAUGAUUUGUUGGGUGAUCCUAUUGAAGAGAAUGGAACAGCUUGUAAUACUGACCUUAAGUUAAUAGAUAUCAGCGAGUUGGAGAAUUUACGAGAUAAGUGUUCUGAAUUACAAAAUCAAAUAGAUUAUUUUUACUUCACUGAAAAAACAUUUAAUGGGCGGAAAAAAAUGUUCACUUAUUACACAGGACUGGAUUCAAUUGAUGUUUUUAAUUUAAUAUUGGAGCAAAUUAAACAUGGACUUACUGCUAAUAGUCAGAGAUUAAACGAAUUUCAAAAACUUCUAUUGUGUGAUUGUGUCUAAUGAAAUUAAGAUUAAAUAUUCCAUUUACUGAUUUAGAAUAUAGAUUUAAUGUAUCAUGUAAAACAGCAUCAAUCAUUUUCAGAAAAUUCAUCAUAUUGUUAGAACACAUGUUUAAAAAAUAAAUAUAUUGGCCAAAGAGGGAAGCUCUACGCAGUACAAUGCCAUACGGUAGAUAUUUGUACAACAUUCAAAAAGAAUGCAAAACUAUGAUUCGUUGGAGAUUUACUAAAUCAAGUUCAUUGAAGUGUCCCUGUAUUUUAAAAACAGAUUUAAAUAUUGAUAGUCCAACUUUACUAUCCAUUGAACACGAUCACGUACACGAGGCAAAUAAAAAUAUGCUUUCUGCAGUAAAAAUUAUAAAAAAUAUGAAGGCAAAAGCCACAAUAACCAACGACACGCCUAAUCAAAUUUUUUCAUGUGCAAUAUUAAAUGUUCCGGAGAGUGUAUUAGCCGAAUAAAAAACUAGGUACAAAACAAUUAAUUGAAAACCGCCUAAAAAAUGUAUGUGUACAAAUUAAAAAUAAUGAUAUAAGUACAUUAGAUUUUCUAAUGGCAGUUCGCCACAACAUUAGAAAGCGAUGCGACUAAAUUAUUUUAAAUUUGUACACAGUUACAUUUUUUUAAUUUUUUUAAAAUUAUAUACAAAUGACAAAUGACAGUUAUUCACCUUUGACAAUUUUUUAAAAUUAUAUACAAUGGACAAAUGACAAUUAUUUACCUUCAAACAUUUUUUUAAUUAUGUACAAAUGACAAUUAUUGACAAUGUAAA